AUGCAUGUCAGACACCACACCUACCUACCUACCUACUUACUCGUCUCACAACUCACUCACUACCCGUCCAUCCAUCCAUUCAUUCAAAUAUCCAAUACCCAUCCUCACCACAUCAUAAACCCACGCUUCUCUUUUAUUUUCCAUCUUUCCAAGAUAUCUAAGUACCAUAACACCGCAUACCCAAACCAUCAUACUCCGUACAGCACACCCCAAAACACCCCAACACACCUCAAUACAAACCCACGCAUACAUACAAACCAACACCAACACCAACAAAAAUACGAAGUUAGUACCUAG